AUGAAGUUUGAUCCUAAAAACGCUGCGUCGAUUCUCUUUGGAAUACAAUCAGCACCACCUAAGAGUUUCGUACAGAUACAUAACCUUCAUUGUCAGCUAGACAAAAAUCCUUGCAAUCGGAAGAUGACGAUUGAAGAUGUUACUCCGAUCCCAAGGAGGAGCUGUUCCUCCUCCAAUGAUGUCGCUGCUCCGUUAUUGCCGGAAACUGCGGGGGACGAAGUUGCUUACGAUGAAUUCAAUGGAGCUUCGUUCAGUGGCGCGGUUUUCAAUCUCGCGACAACUAUAAUCGGUGCUGGAAUCAUGGCUCUGCCUGCAACGAUGAAGAUCCUGGGACUUGUACUCGGAAUCUCUAUGAUUGUUGUUAUGGCUUUCUUGACCGAUGCAUCGAUUGAGUUCUUGCUUAGGUUUAGUAAAUAUAAGAAAAGCCGAUCAUAUGGUGGCUUAAUGGGUGACUCUUUUGGCAGCCCUGGAAAGAUUUUGCUUCAAGUCGCUGUUCUAGUCAACAACAUCGGUGUUUUGAUCGUCUACAUGAUCAUCAUUGGUGAUGUGUUGGCUGGAAAGACAGAAGAUGGAAUCCACCAUUAUGGUGUUCUUGAAGGUUGGUUCGGUCACCAUUGGUGGAACGGAAGAGCUGCUAUUCUUCUCAUUACAACUCUUGGCGUGUUUGCUCCAUUGGCUUGCUUCAAGCGAAUUGAUUCUUUGAAGUUUACGUCUGCUUUAUCAGUGGCUCUCGCGGUUGUGUUUCUCAUCAUCACAGCGGGAAUUUCUAUCAUGAAACUGAUCAGUGGUGGUGUGGCGAUGCCAAGAUUGCUACCAGAUGUUACCGACUUAACAUCAUUCUGGAAUCUCUUCACAGUUGUACCCGUUCUUGUCACUGCAUUCAUUUGCCAUUACAAUGUUCACAGCAUACAGAACGAGCUCGAAGACGCCUCUCAGAUAAGACCCGUUGUCCGAUCAGCUCUUGUGCUCUGCUCAUCUGUUUACAUAAUGACAAGCAUUUUCGGGUUCCUCUUGUUUGGUGACGAUACUCUUGAUGAUGUCCUUGCAAACUUCGACACCGACCUCGGAAUCCCUCUUGGCUCUGUCCUAAACGACGCGGUUCGAGUUAGCUACGCGCUUCAUCUGAUGCUCGUGUUCCCUAUUGUUUUCUACCCGUUGCGGAUUAACAUUGACGGGCUCUUGUUCCCUUCUGCUCGGUCGCUAACUACCUCAAACGUAAGGUUCGGUUGCCUCACUGUGGGUCUCAUCUCUGUAAUCUUCUUGGGUGCAAACUUCAUCCCGAGCAUUUGGGAUGCGUUCCAAUUCACUGGAGCAACUGCUGCUGUUUGUCUCGGCUUCAUUUUCCCAGCUUCCAUUAUCCUAAAGGAUCGUCAUAGCAAAGCGACGGGCAGGGACACGACCUUAGCCAUUUUCAUGAUUGUUCUUGCGGUAUUAUCCAAUGCAAUUGCCAUUUACAGUGAUGCUUAUGCGUUAUUCAAGAAGAGCGCACCUCGUGCGUGA